CAGUAUAUAGUGCAAUAGUUUAAAAAGUAUUAGUCUUUACUACUAAUUAAAUCGUUCUUUAUUUAAUAGUAAAGCAAAAGUAAUGUACCCUACAAAAACACAUUGUAAAACUACUAAAUUACAAGUAAAAGUUAAUUACAUUUCACCACUGCACUACUACACAUACAGUAGCUGCCCGAAAUUGGUUUAUUUUGAAAUUCACAACAGAAAAUCUUUGGUUGUAAUACACUUGACAAGUGCACUGUUGGCGCUAGUUUUACACUAGCAACACCUUCGUCCAGCAUGAAGAUUUUUGUAUUUUUGCUGAAGUCGUGAUAUAAAUGAGAAUAUUUGUACAGCUGGCAUAUUUGACCGACUGUAUUCUGGCUCCAGUGAUGCUAUCGGUUGUUGUUUGUGAGACUUAUACAAGCUAUGUUAGCCAGCUAGCGUUAACAAUCUAACAUAUACGUUAAUCAGUUAGCGUUGAACUUAAACUGAGCUAAUGCUAGCUGACUAAGCUAAUAUCACCUUUUUUCGCCUGUUGACAUGGAUAAAAACAUGGAUGACGACUUUCUACUCGCCAUUCAGCUACAGGAGCAGUUUGACAAUGAAUACGAGACCUCGUUAUUUGCAUCAAACGACUUUGGGGGCAACGAGUUUUGUCAAAUCAGUAAGAAACAGCGAAUGGAGAUAGUUGGAGGCGGUAGCGAUGUUGUUCCCUGGCGGAAGCCGACUGUCCAGCUCGAGAGGCCUCUGUCCAUUGUGGACAAGUCCUGGGAGAUGCUGGAUCCCAGUCCUGAUGUCAGAGCCAUGUUCCUGCAGUUCAAUGACAUGUUCUUCUGGGGAAAACUCAGCGGUGUCGAGGUUAAGUGGAGUCCCAGAAUGACACUAUGUGCUGGUGUGUGUUCUUAUGAGGGCCGAGGUGGAUUAUGUUCAAUCAGACUCAGUGAACCUCUGCUGAAGCUGAGACCCAGAAAAGACCUGGUGCAGACUCUCCUUCAUGAAAUGAUUCAUGCACUGCUGUUUGUGACCCAGAACAACCGAGAUAGAGACGGUCAUGGACCUGAGUUCUGCAAACAUAUGAAUCGAAUCAACAAGGCCAGUGGGACGAACAUUACUAUCUACCACAGCUUCCACGAUGAGGUUGAUGUGUACCGGCAGCACUGGUGGCGAUGCAAUGGGCCCUGCCAGAAUCGCAAGCCCUACUUUGGUUAUGUGAAGAGGGCCAUAAACAGAGCUCCAUCUUCUCUGGACCCCUGGUGGGAGGACCACCAGAGGACUUGUGGUGGGACCUACACCAAGAUCAAGGAGCCUGACGGAUAUAGCAAAAAAGGCAAGAAGGAUGGAAAAAAGGAUGUGACAACCUCCGUGAAGAAAGCCUCAGGAAAUGGAAAGCCUUCAAGUACAAGUACAGGGUCUGGAUCACAGGACAUAAGGGACGUUGUCCCAUUUAGUGGCAAAGGCUUCGUACUUGGAGGGAAGUCACAGUUCUCCACUCCGUCCUCCCCAUCUUGCAAACCACUAGUACCUGUUGUGGAAACAUCUUCCUCCAGCUCUGCCUCCUCUCCCAAGAAACUCUUCACCCCUUCAUCCCCAGCUAAAAGUCUCACCUCUCCUGCACACCCUGGCUUGGAUAACCGAACCAAAGGAAGCACCGCCGCCUUUCCCUUCACGGGGCCAAAGCCUCCUAUAAAGAGAUCUGUCAGUAAUACAAAGAUUUUUGUGAACAUCAACGGCUCACCAGUGAGAAUCCCUAAACCCCACAGUAGCAGCAGUAGUCAUGGGGCAGAUAAGAUCAAACAGAGGCCCAUUACAGACCUUUUCAAUGACACGGAGCUCAAGAAAUCAGUAAGUGAAACCUUUGUCACAAACACAGAGGCUGAAAGAGAUUUGCUGGCAUCACCAAGGAGUACUAGGAGUGCUACUACGAGUUCCUCCUCUCCCAGCACAUCUAAACCUAGUACAUCCAAUCAUUCAGAGUCUUUCUCUGUAGUUCCAUCCAGAAGCAGCCCUGCUAAACUAGCUCAGUCCAGCUAUUUCACUGAUUCUAACAGCGAGAGAACAUUAGAAGCUGCUGGUGGGGGUCAGAGGAAAAGGCAGUGGCAUGAGCGCCGCAGCUCAGCCAGCAUUGCUGACUUCUUCCAGAAGACAUCAGGCAGCAAUAUAGCAGCACCGAGAGAGUCAAUAAAGACAAAAUCACCUGCAGUGCAGCAAAGAAGUGCCACCGCCAUCUCCUCCUCCUCCUUCUCUGCAGGAUUGCACAGUGUUACCUCCUCCUCUGAGCUGAUGGUCAGCUGUCCUGUGUGCCAAGCAAAGGUGCAGGAGGGGAAGAUCAACGAGCAUCUGGAUUCCUGCCUCUCCUGAACGAGGAGGAGCAGCUUGGGACGAGAAUGAUGUUGAAGGAAUGCUGUAAUAAAACCUGUUUCCAGAAGUUCAAUAGAAGCUUCAGGAAGUUUAGUGUUUUAAAUACGUUGAAUAUUAUUUGAUAUUAUACUGUUGAUUUUCAUAGAUCGUGUUCAUGUUGCUACCUUAUAAUGAUAAUAUUUCUCUCAUAAGUGCCUCUCUGACAGCUUGUACUCUCAUAUUUGAAGAGAACAGUAGGAUUUAACAUUUAAUGUCACCUGAAUUCAAUAAGGCAUUUUUAAUUCCAGUUCAUGCUUAUUGGUGGUUCGUACAGGUUUGUGCACUUUACCGGAAACUGAAGCAUUGGUAUUGCCAUUGUUAAAUUAUUUUGUAUCAUAGUGAUCCAUUCUGUGAAAAAUCUCUUCAGCUGUUUCACUGCAGGGCUCCCUGCACGCUGCAUGUUUGGGAUCUCAGGGCUCUGGGCACAGUAGAAAGGUUCUUUUUGCUUCCUCUGAGAUCUGAAUCUGCUGCCCUUCAGACAGCAGCUGACACUGGCUGACCUCUGCUGAUCUGUGGGAAUCAGAUUUCACAUUUGCCAGCUAUUCUCUGCACAUCUUCACAUAACACUGCACCCAACUGCAAGAUCAGGCAAUGCAGGGCAUCACCGUUGUGCCUUUCACUUUGACUUUUUGUUUUAAAGGACAAAAAUAAAUAUGUCCAGUUGUCUUUGAUAAAUAAACAAUUUUAAC